GUCACUUUAGUGAACAAAAUAUCAACAACACCCACAAUGAAGAUCAUCAUCGCCCUGUUCACGGUUGUUCUGGCCGUUGUCGCCGCUGAGCCAUCGUACUUGACUUCGGUGCUUCCCCAAGCAGUGCCGGUUCCGAUCAGCACCUCGGUGUGGCCACCCUACGGAGUUUACGGAAAGGGACUGGUUCAGCGUUAUGGGCCAGUCGCAAGCUAUCCUGGCUAUCAGGCUGAUGUGUACGGAGGUCUGCCAGUCUAUGAAAACGCAUGGGGAUACUCGGCUCCGGUUGUGGGUGCUUAUGGAAACACAAAGCUCAUCGACAAUGGACUGUGGAACUACGGUGGAUAUGGCUUUGGCUGUAACUGA